AUGCUGGGUUACUCUCCAUCCAACUUUGUGCAGACAGACAGCUCCAGCCGGUUUUCCAACUCCCUCAGUCGCAUUGAUCAAGCUCAAACAAUUCGCGAUAUGCAGCUAAGCCCUGUUCCUCCGCCCCGCAUAGUAAGCCCAGACGUUGUCGAAGAGGUCCACAAAAUUCAUCUUCAAAUGUAAGCGAUAGUCUUGAUUUUUUCUGCCUCAAGUUAACGUCACGUGCGUCAACAGAAUAACGAAUGAGUAAACAAUACUUGUUUUAAAAUACUCAGGUCUUUUCAAAUUCCUGUCACAUGCUAUCCAUGACAGACACUUUAUGUCCUUCUUCACCUAUAAACAGGCCCACCAACGCCCUUACAUUUAACGUCAUAAUGGCGGUUUUAGCAGGCUCAUUACUGUGCUAUAGGCCUUUUUACAUUUCCAUUUGGCACAAAAGGUGUAGGCUUAAAGACAACGAAAACAACAUAUUGCUUAUUUAACAUAUUAAUAGGACACGUUUUUAUUAGCGCUUUUGGUUUUGGAAUUAGGAAUCAUAUGCAUUUCCAGUUCUCAGACACUCUGAAACAGUCAAAAGUUUUUGAACACCUCUUCGUUCAUGAGCCCCUAUGAAGUCGCAUGUGCCUCGCAAAAAUAGGCGAGCGCAGGUCAACUUCGUAUGGCAACUAAUUUGACCGACUGGACUUUUCUCAUAAUAACGCAAGAGCUUCUUGUUGAGGUCAUGAAGCAGAUAAUCUGAUAGUCAUUGGAAAGAAGUUAUUGUGGGAUUGGUUACGGUUGAAUUCGAAGCAAUCCAUGUAAGCUCAUUUUUGAGGGCUUGAUCCAGAUUUUGAAUGCACGUAGUCGCUUGUGUCCUCUUUUCCUCAAAGUCAAGCAUUGGUUGCUGUGGAAAAGCUGUAUAUGUGAAUUCAACUAUACACAAUCAUAAAAUUUGGUCUUAUGAAAUACGAGACCGUUUGUUGCGCCUUUGAGCUGUCAAUUCAAGUGAGCUACCGGCUCAUCCAAUGCACCUUAAGGGUCUUCGGUGGUGUCGUUUCUCUUUCUCGUUUAUAUUACCAAAUACCGUUUUUAGCAACCACCGAAUGUUUGGACUGAGCAUGACGCCAUGUGUAUAUUUGGGAAGGCCUUAUUCAAGUAUCUACAGCGAUUAUCCACAAGGAACUACCGGUGAUUACGCAGAAAUCUUAGUUGACUAUGUUUAUUCCUGAUUUGAACUCUAAACUGCAUUUUCGCUUAGUGCGGAACAAAUAAACAAUCCAGCUGUUGACCUGUCCGGUGCAUCCGCAUUUGGCGUAUGAUGAUUUUGUCUUCGUCAAAGUUUCAGUAUGCAAUAAGUACGCUCUCACUUCUGAAUAGUGUCCAACGUCAGACCGUGCAACAGUACUACUUUCGGGAUGGAAUUUCGUAGAGAGCUGUCAAAUAAGUAAACUUUAAAAGUCACAGACAAAGGCUUUAUUGUUAUAUGACUACUGUUCUCACAACACACUAGGAACUCAUCCAUUCGUUUCUCUAAAGAUUGGGAUUUUAACCAUAAGUCUGGCAAAUUCAGGGACCUGGUCUCUGUCGUAUUAUUACAAUUCACCACAAACAUUAAAAGGUUGUCUCGUGAACUUUGGGGCCGGUCAAACUUAUGUUUUGGCUGACCGAAAAGAUGCUUAAUUAAGCAGCUGAUAUUUGAGCUAUCGCACUAUUAAAAGUUUCCCACUAACCUAAAUAUAAAGGGUCUUAAAGUUUGCUCGAUAUAAAGGGAGAGUUUUUGAGGACAUAUAUGACGUCCUUGGUUCAGAAAACUGGCCACAUAGCAGAGAUAAUUCUUAGUCAGGUUAAGUCUAUUCUGCAUCUACUGGAGCACUUUGCUUGAAGCUUCUCUCUUUCUGCUAAAGUAUUUCGUACGUUUUAACUAGGCUCUGGAUUUGUAUAUUACUUGAUGGAUUUUUGCUGACCUUCAUACCACAUGUUCUACUUUGCUUGCAGCUUGAUGUUAAUGCUUGCCUAACUACAUUGGUAUGGAAAUUUUACGGUGCUUGCUUGCGGGCACAGAGCAGGCCGUGAUUUUCUUGGCUGACAAGUUAUCUGGGUAGACGUUAAAAUAAACAGAGCUAGGGUUGUUGCACUGCUUACAGGGUAGAAGUAUGUCUGAGGAAUUAUCGGACUUGGCCGAGCCCCUGGAAUUCGUAUAACUGAAGAGCAAGGCCGCAAAACUCUAGUACCUGCCGAACUUGCUGAAGUUUACUUAUGCAACGAACUUUUCUAGAUGUAGAUUUGGUCAAAACAAACAGACAUGCAUGUGAUGAGCACAGGUAGAGGCGUGCGGCCUAGUCGGUUCGGUUCAGGCACAAGUUAUCACCACCUAUAUGGUCUUGGUUUACAUAGAGCAGGAAUGAUGAGCUAAGAUAGGAUGGGCAUUGUUUUUUUCAGACAUUAUUUGUAAGUCCAGAAAGCGGGUAGAAAGUAUUAAAAUUGGUCUUGCAGUCCGUGUCGGUUUUUUACUUGACUGUCCAAAUAUUCCCAUGUACGCCAUUUCUACGAGCUCAUAUGUAGAAUCGAGGCUAUUAAUUCCUCCUUGCGGCCGAAUGCGUGCGCAAAUCACGGCUGGCCAGUUGCUGUGGAAACAGACAUCCACUCUCACGUUUUGUUUCGUCACUGUUUAAAAAUGACAGAAUCAUGGGUCGGAAGCUAUCGGAGGCAGACUUUACAUGCAUUCUAUCAACACUGAAGUUGCAUUUGUUUGCAGCUACUGCCUCCAAAAUAUGACCGAAAGUUUUGCAAUAAUUUGUUCAUAAAUAUCUGACGCCUUUUUGAUGCACAUAUGCAAGCGUUGGCCUCAGAACUUUGCCUGCUAGUGAGCAAUAACCAGUUUGCUAACUUAAUUGCAAAUAUUAGGGUAUAUUUGCCUAGGCAUCCCAAGCAGCUUCAUGCGCCGCACACAAUCCAUGUUAUUAAGUGGUAGGUAGAUCGAAGAGAGAUCUGUGAACCUAUGGUAGUAUUUCUUAGUAAUGUGUUUAAAUACGAAGUUAAAGGUUACCAUACCCUUCUGAGAGGAUAUCCGUGUAAUAUCCCAAAACUGAGGCCACAACUGAACGCCUCUGUAAUUGAAUGGUUUGUGAAAACUCUUGUACUUUGUACUUGGCACGGCUGCGAUUAUGCCUGACCUAGCCGGGCUCGAUAACGUCCCGAACUGUCCCUCUCCACGCAUGAAUAUUCGCGGCAGCGGAUCUGGUCAUCUCAACCCAUUCUCUUCGCCAGCCACAGAGACCGGAAAGCGAAGAUCUAAAAACCACUUCCAUGUCUUGACGAACUGUGUUGAACCAGUUUUCGAGUUGACCUCUUCUUCGACGCUUCCAAUGGGGUAACAGUGUCCGAUCGAAGGCAGUAAGACUGAGCUCAUGUGGUGGACGACGAAGAACAUCCCUAAACCACCUCAGUCCUCUUUCCUGGAUGGCCUGGGCUACCCUUGCGAUGUUGUCGCAGCGAGUGCGGACUGUGUUAUUUGAGACGAAGUUGGCGUACUUCACUGAAAGGAUGGCCCUCAGGCAGCGGUGAUCAAAUGCCUCCGGUUUUCGCUCGUCCUCCACGCGCACAGCUCAGCAUUCACAACCGCAGAGAAGGACAGACCAGACAGGUGCACAGUACACGGGAAACUUAGUGGCGAUAGAGACGUCACGUCGGAUCCAUAGGCAUUUUCUAAUGCUUGAGAAGACCCGGCGGACAGCGUCAGUUCGGGAGACAAUGUCGUCCUUACUCUGUCCAUUCGGCUGCAGCCUCGCACCGAGGUAUUUAAAACUGUCUGCUUCUUCGAUUUGGCAGCCAUCAAUCCCUAGAGAUGCCUUCUCCUGGUCAGGGAUAUAGUUUGAAAACACUUUGUUCUUUUCUGCGUUUAUGGGAUAAACCGACCGAUUUAACGACCUCGUUCAUCCGUGACGCCAUAGACUGCAGAUCACCAAAGCUUGAAGCAAGUAAGGCGAUAUUCCCGGUGCAGUCAAGGUCAGUCAGCCGGAGUCCGGGUGCAAACUCAACACCGUCACCUUCGUGUAAAGCCCUCCCGAGAAUCCAGUCGCUAGUAUUGUUGAACAGAAUUGGCGACAGGAUACCACCCUACCGAAUGCCAGACCGAAUACCAAACGGUUGGGAAAGAUUGUUAUGAACCAUAAGCUUUGCAAUCGUGGUGUGCAAUGGGCCUUGAUCAUGGCGAUGAUUUUUGCCGGUGCACCAUCUAGCGCCAUUAUCCGCCACAGAGACUCACGAUUGACGGAAUCGAACGCGGCGGCAGGUAACAAAAUAGACGGCCGCCGGUUGUCGGUAGCUAUCACGGAAUUCGAAAAUACGCCUUAGUGUGAACAUAUGGUCCGCACAUUCACGUCCAGCACGGAAUCCAACUUGGUUGGGCCUCGUCCUAAAAUCAUACUCAGCCUGGGAUUGCCUGAGACGGACGAUAGCGAAGAUCUUCGCAGCAACGCCGAUGAGGCUUAUACCGCAGUAGUUCCCUCAUCCCGCCUUAUCUCCCUUCUUAAAAAUAGUUGCAAGGGUGUCUGAGCCCCAGUCAUCAGGAGUAACCUUGUUUUUCCACGCUUGUUCAGUCAAAUCAUAGAUCCACGGCGCCAGAGUGUUGACACAAGUUAUAGAUUUCAGCGGGUAUACCGUCCUCCCCGGGUGCCUUGUUGUUGCGUAGACUUUGUAUGGCAUCGGCGACUUCCCAUUCAGACGGGGGGUCGCAUAACAUUGCAUAGGUUUGGGAGGGAAGAAACUCCGCUGAAUUGGAGAGUAAGGGCGUGGUGGGUUGGCCAUUCAAGUUGAGAUGGUGUUCUAAGUGCUCACGUCGGCGCUCGGCUUUGGCAUAGUUGUCAGCAAUAAAGCCGCUAUUCACGUCGCGAACAGUCAAUCAGUCCAGAGGGCUUACCACUAACUUCGGAGAUAAGCUGGUAGGGUUCUGAAGUGUCACCUACGUUCGAGGCCUGCUCCAUGGAGUUCGAUAUUUCAGUCCAGUAUUUCUUUCGGCUAUCCCUGGCCGACCUUGCCGUCAUCUUCCGCAGUUAGCGGAAGGAAUCAUCGUUCUGGGACCUGGCUUGAGCCGUCUGAGCAGAUAACUGCAGUGUUCUCCCGCUGAUCCAGUCGCUGCGGCGUCGCGGGGUAUGUCCGAGGAUUUUCUUAACUACCCCAUAGACUGAUGUUUCCAGUAACAACCACUGUUUAAUGCCAUCUCCGUUGGCUUGGGUCAUAAAACGGGAUCAGAUUUAUCUGCUCAGUGUCCUGGCAGUGCUGGUUUACCAGGUUUUUGUGACAUCGAGGCGUCUAGGACGUGGCAUUUUUGGCGAAGAUGAGAGGUUAACUUUCAAACGUGAACAAGGACAUAAUCUGACCCAUGGGCCUUACCAGUCCCGGCACCAUGCAUCGAUCUGCCAUCGUGAACCAACCUAUGGAGCCUUAAGCUGACUAGUAUGUAGUCAAUCUGACCGGCCGUAUGAUCGUCAUCUUAAUACCAGGUCAGCAGUUGUUUGUUAUGAUGCUGACAACAUGUGUUGGUGACAAGAAGUCAAUUCUGAUCAGCGAAGUUCAUCAGUCUCGCCAUUUUCACAUCGAGAAACCAGUCCAAACAGUCAAUAAGAUGACUGUUUGUAGAAUCGCCGGGUCGGGUCCGGCCAUUCCGAUCACCAGGAACAAUCAACAGAUUGCGGCGAGUGAGUCUUUCAAUGACCACUUGCAGCUGCGAGUAAAACGCCUCUUUAUCGCACUUUUCAGCAACUGAAAUAAGUGCGUACACAGAGGCGAUAGAGAUGUUCGUGAAUUGACCCUUCAGUCGCGCGUAGGCCAUUCGGUCACUGACUGGUUCCCAAGCUAGUGUUUAUUUCUCGAGAGUCUGAUUCAGGCAGCAGACAUCCAUGCUGUACUGAUAAAGGCCGCGCUCCGUCAGACUUUGGGUACCAGAACCCAGGAACGUUCCCACGUCCCAGCAUCUAGUACCAAGAGUCCCUUCCCAAUUGAGUAUUCCAGCUCGCACACUAUUCGCCCACAUCACGGGACCAGGGUUGCGGAGCGCGUCGGUUCCCGCGGACGCUGCAAAAUGGGUCGUAAUACUGUAAUUGGACAUAGUUUAUGGGGUUUUAUGGGAAUUUGGAGUACAGGCGGAUCCCCAAUAACCGCUUGGGUUGUUUGUUCGAGGUUUUCUCCCGUAGCGCUUUGACUCAAGAGCCUGACCACAAGCCAGCGGUGGCACAGAAACUUAUUUAAUGACGGUUCACGGUCGGCAUGUCACAAUGCCGUCAUCAUGCUUUGCGGCUUUCUUAUAAGGCUUCUAGCACGCCAGACCUCAGCCCUCCGCACCCUGGCAACACAUUCACUGCUGGUCCACGACUGCUUAUUCAUCAGACUUGGAUCUGCCUAAUUCGCAGCUAACCUUCAUUGAAGGUUGUUCCCCUGUCCGCAGCCUGUGGACGCGCCGGGUUGCCAGCAGCUAGGCUAACGGGCAACCCAUCUUCCUGUGAGAAAUCGAAUUUUACGGUUUACUUUGGUUCCAAGGAACUCGUUUUUGGUUGCGUAUUUACCUACCCUUUUGCGCAAUUUUCUAAAAUCCUUAGUUGUAGACAGCAUGUAACGAUAGUUUUCCGCUUAGCAUAGUUAAAUUUAACUGCUUCACUUCACACCUAAAUUCACUUAUAACAGUGAAGACGUUUUGGAAUCCUUUUGUCAACUCUUCAAGACCUAAUAUCAUAAAAACGCUGUGUCACUUCUAGGUAAACCUGUUUUAAAAUUCAUUCUAAAGGCGUAAACUAUAUCAAAUUUGCAAGAGAAACUCGGGGAUUCCUCUUCCGAAUCGUUCAUUUUUUUCUGACCAUGCGAACACCGAUUUUGAGUAAAUGUUCGUCUUCUCUAUCGUACUGACCCUUGCAAACACAAUGCGCUGGCAUUUUUGUCUCUGAGUCGGCUUGUUGAUUUUCGACCUCAUUCUACAGUUCCUCUCUAAAGUCGUUGUCACAUAAGAAUAAAACUCAUUGAGAAUGCAGAAAUGAGGCUUAUUUUACCUUUCGGUAUCGUUCACCGUUCGUCCCCCCAAUUCAUAACUCCCAAGUGAGACAGUUAAUUUAAUUGUAUUUUUGGCCGCAAAAACAGCAACAACAGCAUUGUGGACGUUUCAGCCGACUGGGUGAUAGCUCCCACUAGUUAGUCAAGUCAACCUUGUUUUUCUUUUUUGAGCAUCCCGUUCCUCACUUCAAGCUCCCUAGUUGCCCCUCACCUGUCAGCAACUCAGCUUCCCUGCUGUCGCGCGCGUGCGUGCGAGUGUGUACUUUUCUGUCUUCCACAGUGGCCAUGACCCGACGCGCUGUUUGGAGCAGGUCGCCCGUUCUCCUCUCAUGCCUACGCGCUCGCGUUGUCGCGCCUUCCUCCCCGCCUGCGUGAAUGCGUUCGACCAAGUGGUCAGCUGACUCAAAAACUAUAAAGCUGCUUUUUGCCAUCGCUCCAGCCUUUCUUCCUCAUGUCCUUCCUCCCUCCCCCUUUUCGCACAGAACAGGCGUCGUAGGCCGCCGUUUUGCUCUCUCAUGUCGGCUAAAUCAAGACAGAGACUAAUAAGCCGCCCAGGUUUAAAAAAUCUCCGUAUCGUCGUCAGUAGGAUACAGUCUUUCGGAAGUUCAGUCUUACUCGCUAAUUUUCUAGGUGUUAACAACGGUCCAUCGUCAAACCAAAGUCUCUGCAAGGAGUGUGGUUCGCGCGCGCUUGGGGCGAUGGGGAAGGAGGGAGUUUAUGAUCGAUAUCCCGAUUUUGAGAGUAUGAACGAGGGAAGGAGAGCCUUGUUCGACGUUCGUUAAGGGCGAAGUAGGGGACAGCAGGUCCGAGGGAAGAGCGAAUAACCUAUGAUCGUCAUUAACCCGUGGUUUUUACGUUGACGGCUAAAGCGGCAAUAUACCUGUAGGCUUUCAUAAAAUGCGCUAUGGUCAACAUGAUGACUAUUAUGCCGCUACCACUUGAGUACCAGAUCGGGAAAAAUUGCCGUGUUCGGUGGUGAUAGUGCCAAUAACGUCGGUGACAUCAUAAUUGGAGCGACGAUCGCUUUUGAGUUAGCGCUCAAAAGAGAGGGAGGGUUCAACUCCACGGGCAGUUUAUGUUAAGAGAGCCAGGUUCCGAAGCGCCAACCUGUAAGGCCUACAUACACGUAAAAACAGCGAACGCAUGGGAAGCAGGUAUAAGUCCGCGCUACUCGUUUUCCAUCGCCAGUGUCACCACAUUUAGAAACUACCUCCGAUUCAGCAAUCUCAACCAAAUAUUUGUCCAUAUAGCACCUGCAGUGGCUUUGCAUUUAGGCUCUAAUUACGCUUUAUUGGACUAUAAUGCACAAUUUCUAGAAGCACAGAGUGUUUGACUGACGAGUACACUUUAGUUUCCAAACUUCACACUUGGUGAAUCUGACUGGUAGAAGUUUUUCUGGCAGGCAAUCGAAACUAAUGGGCAUGCAUGCUCGAAGUUUCGGAGAUUUGUGGCUUUUUUGUCGAAGAAUCUUCAAAAUAGUUUUAUCAAAUAGCUCAAAUGGCACACAGGGACUUACCAGAACAGUGCCUGCGAUACGCUUUAACUGAAAACGGGGUCCCCAAGGGUACUUAAUAAAACAAUUUAUUUCUUUAUUCAUCUAGGAAUGUUAAUACAAACUAAUCUAGCGGACUUUAACUGUUAUGUCUUAUCAGGCUUGAUUAGGAUUCCAAGACAAAAUCCCAAUUAAGAACUAACACUUGUUCCUACAAUUACUGUCUUUAGACCCCAGUGGGGAUGGCACAGUAAAUAUACCAGUAUCAAAUUAGGCCUGAUAAUUUCUUAUGCCUUGGGUAACGAUUGUUACGCUUGUGUCCGUUAUUUUAGUGUCUGAAUGCCUCAGCCGGAUGGGUGUUUCCCAAAUCAUGGCCAAGUCGCUUAUGUCAAAAUGCUUAGAAGAUAAGCAAGCUGAAGUUAGACUGUUUGUGUGCGUUCAUAGUGGAACUCUGACACCUUGGCUUGAAGGCCUGCCGGGAGUGUUACCUAAUCACAGUAAUCAAAUCAAAUUAUCUCCUGUUUUUUUCGCCUGUCUCUUCCACUUGCGUUUGGGGAAACUGUCAUACUAACUGGCGUUCAGUACAUGGAAGUCAGCGUCAAAGAUUUAUAUUUCAAUUGUAAUGAUUAAUUCCCUUGUGUUUGUAUUGUCAGUAAGUGACAAUUUCAGAUGCACUCAUUGAUUUGCGUGCACUUUCUCUAACAUAAAUACUUAUUGUUGAACAACUGGGCCAUGAUUUGUGGAGGGUCGAGCACUGCCGAGGCUUGGAGCUAGAUACCAUAAGCCCAAGAAUAGCGCAUUGGAUUACGCGAGCGGCUAAGUCCCCAUGCUUGGAGUUGGGUGUGACUGGCAGAUGACGUCUGACAGUUCGACCGUUGUGACCGACGAUGUCCACAGUUUGCUGCGCAACAAUGUGAGAGUAGGCUCAGUGACUUCCGCGUGACUUCCUUUACAGUGACAGUAGACUUGCGCAGAGUCUGCCGUCUAAAAAGCCUAACAUGGCCAUUCCGAUUUCCAUUGUAGUCAUCGGAGUGGAUGGGCCCGUGAUAUUCUACGUGACCGGGCCAUGGAUUAGCAGCUGUUGCUAGGUGAGCGCAAGUCAGUAAACUGAGCACGCAGAUCUUCGCAGUAAGCGUCCAGACUGACACGCUGGUUGAUGCUGGUCGCGUUAGAGUACCAAGCUUUGAGGAAUUUUCGCGCCUAGUUGGUGUUAGCCCUUUCGAUCACUUCAGUACCGUCCAAUUUGGGAUGGUGGUCACAGCCAAGGGCGUACACAAACAUAAGGGACAAGAGGCCAGGUUAGUGGACGGCUAGCUUAUGCUCGACAAAUUGAGUCCCGAGGCGUCGGCCCGUAUGGCCAACGUAAACUCAAGAGCAGUUAACGCAGGGAAUGCGGUAGAUGACAUGGCGGACCACAAAUGAAAACCCCUACAACUCUUAAACUGGUGGACAAACACACGCCAUUAUCGCAUACCAACGAACACUAAUGCAACCUCCUGUGGCCCUAAUGACCUGCUAUUUCACUUUCCCUCUACCACGGGGGACCGUAACCGUUCUCUCUCAGCUCCCCUUCAGAAACCCCCCACAACUCCGUUCCCAUCCCUCAUAUAGACAAGUGGUCUCCGUCGCUGCCUAUCUUACCGCAUCAGCAGAUCUAGUCCAACAAUAUCACUUUCUCCAUUGUUUAUCUCGUCCCAAGAGGGGUUGGUGUCACCUCGAAAAUCCACAAGUACAACUUGCUUUUCCAAAGAGCAUUCCGCUUUCAUCAUAUCAUCUUGGAAUAUACACUACGUCGGUUAUUUAAUAAACACAUAUAUGUAUUAUGACAGAUGGGCGCUCACCGAUCAGGUUACAGAACAUGCUCGUUCUGUUGUGCCUUAGGGCUCCUACUUAAACCCUCGCAGGCAGUCGCUCAGCGACUAGUGAUAUAGGUAGAUAAGGUGAUACCGACAAAGACAAGGGAGACCGGAAUGGCCAUUUCUGGCUUAUUAGCCGUCAUCAGCCAGUCAUACCCAACCCCAAGUGUGGAUCACUUGAGAUUCGAACCCGGGAUCUUUGGUCAUGGAGUUUGACGCUCUACCAUUGAGCCACGGCCCCCACACUUGGGGUUGGGUAUGACUGGCUGAUGACGGCCAAUAAGCCAGAAAUGGCCAUUCCGGUCUCCCUUGUCUUUGUCGGUAUCACCUUAUCUACAUAUAUGUAUGUAUAUAACGGUAGAGGGACGCUCAACGAUCGUUUUUACGGUAUUCACUAGUACCGUUGUGCCUUACAGGCUCUCUCUCGAACCCAAUAAGCAGCCGCACAGCGGCGCAUGAUAAAGGCAGAAUGGUAUUACCGACGAAGACAAGGGAGACUGGAAUGGCCAUUUCUGGCUUAUUAGCGGUCGUCAGCCAGUCAUACCCAACCUCGAAGUGCGGAACACCUGAACGAGAGUGAGUUCCGUAGAAACGAUCUGGGAACGCCCACCUAUCAUUAAAGAUAUGUAUAUUUACUGGGGGGUGAGCGCAAAACGAUCCAUUGGCUUUCUGAAGCAAACAGGCUUCGUACGGGCGAUAGGGGUCACGAACAAACAAGCACCUUCCAGACCAAAAUCGGCCAAGCUAUGAUAUCAGAGGGGAAACGGCAGAGCCUGGCGGGAAGAUUGAUACAGCACUGUUUCGGGCUUGUUUACGUUCAUUCGGCCAAUCAUAACCCUAACCACCAGGUGGACCGGGAACAUAAACAUGCUCUCACACACCUGGCUCAGGCCGGGUUAUGACUGGCUAAAUGAACGCAAACAAGCCCGAAAAAGUGCUGUAUCAAUCUGUCCGCCAGGCUCUGUCGUCUCCCCUCUUAUAGCAUAGCUUGACUGACUUGGACCUGGUAGGUAGUUGCUUGCCCGUGACCCCUACCACCCAUACGAAGUUUGUUUGCUCCAUAAAGGCAAUGGAUCGGUGUGCACCCAUUCCUGAGUGAAUUAAUACCCGCUCUUCAUCGACAGAGAAGGUCAGGUGUCAAGGCAUUGAUGAACUUCGGUUCGAUGAAGUGCUUGCGACCCGUCUGGUAGACUCCAGUGGUAUACCAGCUGCGUCAAGUGAGACCGCAUGUUUGUCUUUCCGAUCCCAGCUGGUACUCAGAGUUAUGAUUUGCUCAACGAAGGCAAACAAGCCGGAAACAAUGCUUUAUCAAUCUACCCCCCCCCCCAGACGCUAUCGUCCCCCUAUGAUAUAUGUAUGAAGAUAGAAGGCUCGUCGGAAACUCAUCAUUCUCCAGCAACAGAACUGGAAAGAAAUUGGCAGGAAAAGUAUUUUAGUAUUAUACACGAAAUGGCAUGUUUAUGAUUGCAUCCGCCAAUCCUAUUCAAACGUAUUAACCACUGACCGGUCAAUCAACUCGUGACCUUGUGAAACGUUUCAUUCGUGCAACGUCUCUAUCAGCGAAAUUAAGCAAGGACCUGUUCGCCUUCGUCAACCGCAUCUCAAACAAUGUAAGAAUGGAAAAAAAACACUCAACUCUCAUAAACCGUCUUCGAAUCUAUAAUCAAACUGCAAGCUUUUGUCUAACUGGUAUACUUUACACUACACUUAUUCCUAACGGGCAUCUAGGUGCACACCUCACUUAAGGACUAUAUUCAGACGUUAAUCUACUUGUGGUUUUGUAUUUACUCGCUUUUUGAACGGACAGGCUUUCUGUACACCGAGAACUCAGUUACAAUCAUUUUUGACGUUUUCGGAAUUUUCCAUUUUUCUUAACAAGUUGAUAUUUCUAACCAAUCUGACAUUAGUUUUAAUAUUUCACUCGUGUUUUCAGUUCGCUUAAAAUCGCCCAUUAUUAUUCCAGAGCCUUCGUCCAUUCGUUUGCGAGUGAUUAGCAAUCUUCCCUAAAUUUAGGCACCUUUCGGGAUAUAGGUCACAUACUGUAUUGUCAGAGGUGUUUACCGUACCCCCGACAUAGGUACUAGCCAAAAGUUCAGACACGUUCCGCAAUAUUUCUGCUGUAUUGCGCAGCCACAGAAUGAGAUUACUGGCGAAGACAAGAGAAACUGGGGUGGCAACGUCUGGCUUAUCAGUCGUCAUCAAGCAACCUGAUCCAUACCCCGGUUUUGAGGCUCCUGAAAUGUGAAAUUAUACGUAUGCAUGUAUCAGCCGUUUAAAUGGUGCGAAGAGCUCCGCUCAGGGGGUUAGAAAUAAGCUCAAGGCAAAUGCUCCUCCGACAAGCCUCAUUAUCCAAAAGAACAUAAAUCAACUGGUCAUGAACGAAGUUCGCUCACGUAGAGUCUUUAGGCUGCUCACCGAAUGAAUUCUAAUCACAUGCCUUAUCUGAAACUGUCCCUAGAAGGCAAACAGAUUUUUAGCACCCUGAUAGGGGACGGGCGCAAAAUUACGUCGUUCCCUAAAACAGCUCUGUUCGUUGAUAAUAUUCCGACACAAUUCGGCGCCUGAAAACGGUCACACCCUAUGCUUAUUUUUAUGGCAUAACUGCGCUCUCACUGAAAAUGAGACCGAAAUGUGACAUGGGUUUUCAUUGCUUUUUUGCCGUCUACACUCGUUACGUUCACCUUUUUGGAUGAAAAUGGAUUCACUGUUACGUGAUUUCUAUACCGUCCUUGACAUUGUUUACGGCCGUUAGUUGCAAAAUGCAUGAUAUUAGGCAAAAUUGGGGGUUUUUUCUUGGUAUUUUCGCGCAUUGGUUCUCAUAUAAGCCAACGAGUUUCCCAAGCAUGAAUUGCCUGUUCUUUCAGUGAAAGUCAGCUGGAAACCGUUAUAUCCUACUGUCGUAAACAGAGUUUUACUUUUUCUCUUAUUAAACACCAACUAAUUGCUUCUAAAGCAGUUCAUUUUGUCAAAUAAAACGAGAGAUCAGCAGUUACUGACCACUUACACACCUGCCUUUUUUAAAAUAAUUUAGUCAAGCUUGAUCUCUAAACUCUUCUUUCAUCCAUCUGAACACCGUCUUCCAAAUUAUUACCUCUCAUUUCCAUGAUGUUGUUUCUUCAGGAUACUCUAAAAUACACAAGUGGCUGCUUGGAUGGCGGUCUUGUCCAAAUGUUCAGCAUGUUGUUCUGGGCUAUGAUUUAUUACUAUCAGUAUUAUUAUUAGCACACUGUGCUUUUAAAAGUGAUAUUUAAUGGUGCUGUAUUUGCUUGGACAAGGCACCAUGGGUAUGAACUUUGUCUUGACUUCUUGAACCCUGGCCGAACUGCUCAUGCCAUGUCUUCCACCGAGCUUCUACGUAUAAUUGUCUUUGGAUAAUUUUGUGUGGGAAGGGAUUCGUGUUCUCCUAAGCCCUUCGUUUUUGAGGUACACAGCUUUUCCAGCUUGGAUUGUAUCUACCAGUCAAGAAGAAAUUUAGAGGAGACUAGACAGCUGAGAGCUAAGUAUAUAUUUUCAUAGGAAAGAAGAUAAGUCGAUUGUGCUUCUGAAUAUUCCCAAUGUCUGUCGCCGAAAGUAGUCGUAUAAACAUAAAGUUAAAGAGAGUGAAGUUAAACUCAAAGAGGUCGGUUAUGUUUACUUCCAUGCACCGGCAUCGUUAAAACGGUGAAGCGACAACAAUGGACAAAAAUAAAGUUGUCAUAUUCAAAUGAAUAGACCAAGUUGACAGGUAGAGAAAGUCAGGACUGUUUCUCCUGAAACUGCUCUUAUAUGGCACCCCAGAAGUGUCCGAUUUAGUCAUGAAUUGCUAUACUGGGCGAUAAACUGCAUUCUUUACCAGCUUAACUGUUGUUCUGUGUGUUAGGAAUACCCACGAAGGAUGAUUUCAGCCACUCCGUUUCAACCUCAGCUUCUCUUUUGCGCCUGCCGCUGUUAUCUCCGUUAUUCGAGUUGACACACUUGUCUCGAGGCAUUAUAUCUCGCCUAGUAUUUAUAAUUUCUGAGGGAUGUCUAUUUGAUUCUCUCAAAAGGAAUGUGGAAGACGCAACAGGCUCCCGAAGCUUCUUGAGGAACUUCUGUAGUCGAUGUGCCCUAGAAAAUAAAGAGUAGGUCAGUUUAGAAAACUCACACCUCUGGUUAACGAUAUUCUCCAUUGCAACAUGACAUGGGAAUACAAAACUCACCCGUCCAGAAACUAUUGCUGUGCGUGACUUUCUUCUUCCAUGUUUCAUUCCAAAGAAGUCGCUUCCACAGUUCAGACAAUGAAGACCACCUCACCGAUUCAGCAUUAUCACGUGUCUUCUUACAGUAAAUCAACCAAAUAAAGGUUGAAUUUUAAUCCAGAACAUGGUAGGUAAUAUUUUCGAAGAAGUUGUUACUCGGUAGAUUAACUACCGAGUCAUUGAAGGGGAUGAGAUUAGUAAUCUGGUAGAAGGGCUGGUUGUUGUCUGUCUCUGAUACCCUAGCGGCCGCUUUUGUGAAUUACAUCAGGCUGUGCUACUCAUUAUGGUCAGCAGAGCAAAUGUCUCGGUAGUUCUAUCGCACGAACACAACUGUUUUGUGAUUUUCUGGCUGUGGCUACAUUCACAGACGUAUUCGUUGAAGGCUAAUAACUAAAGAAGAGAUUACGAGUCAUCCGUACUGUGGGACUCGUAGCCAUUGCAGAAUGCAUUGAUACAGGCCGAGUUUGUUUUCUUUUAUAACCUGAGUGUGGUUGCGAUGGCCAAUGCCGUUCAAAAAACUACUGUCUCACAGACGAAAUCGGAAAGUAGGUCUGCACAACAUGUUUUUCAAAAUCAGAUAAAUUAAAGCUGAUUUUACCGCUCUUCUAAGGGGUUGAAUUUGCUCAUAGGUAAACGAAACCACUUUUCCCUUGAAAUAAAUCUGGAGAAGAUGAAGGGCACAAAACAUGCUGAACAAAAUGGCAUCAUUGAUUUCGUGAUCUUUCGUUCAACUUUGAACGGCCACCGCAUAUUUUUAAAAAAGGUGGGUAGAAAAACGGCCUGGAACCCUCAAAAAGCAGCCUGGAAUCCUCAAAAGGGGGUGAGUACAUAGACAGCGGGAAGUGUUAGUCAGGUUUGUGGGUGAAUCUGCUGCGAAUGGGUGGGGUGAGCGAUUAUUGAUCACGGCAAAAAGUCGUCAAACGGGAUAGGAACAUUAGUCAAUCAUGUGGGCGACUGGCGAGACGUGAGAGGGGAUUGGAGUCAUUUUCCACACUGCCUCUUACCAUGACAGUGCACGAUCGAUCACUGUUUUAGCAUUCUCCGUAUUUCCGCAGCCUCCAAAUUGCGAAGGGGACGCCCAGUCGUUGCUCGAAGUAGGACUUUAAUUGCUGUCAUCGGGUUCACCAUGUGACCAGCGUUCUUGCAGCACUUCGUAAUUGGGCUCCCCAUCGCCAACGGAAUUGCCAACUGUCUUCGUCUGCGUCUGAUGUGUUUGGGUCCGAAUCUACAUGUAAAUUCAUAGAUAGAGUCUGGCGUGGUAUGCACAAACAAGGCAUCUUUAAUCUGCCUAACGGAAAUAGACGUUUAACUGUGCACCAGAACAUUUAACCGAUUCUGUUUGCCACGUUAUAACCCUCGAAAGGUAUUUACGUUUGGAUUUUAGUGUCAGGGAUGACGAUAGGUACCGAUGGAUUUCUUUAGAUACCUGAUUCUAAAAAUCGCCUUGAGGAUAAGCGCUGGGAAAUUAUAUAUAUCAUGUCAAUCGAACAGGCACAAAACCAAGGAUCGUCUUCUGAACUGGAACGAAGCUCACAAAACUUAUGUAAUGUUAUUUCUGUGUGGUUUACCGACAGACUGAGUCGUGAAUUGAGCCACCCGCUCGUCUAUGAACAGGAACGCCCACGAAAGACAAAGUGUUGUUUUUCUCUUGCUCAGUCAUAAAUUUAUUUUUGUAUAUGCUUAGUUUAUGUUUUUGAACAAGCUCCUUGUCCAUCGAGUUAUUUACUGUGACAAAAAUAUUGUUCGCAUAUACGGUAGAUAUGGCAACUUAUUAAAUGUCAUAAAUUUCACAAGAAAUUCCGUGUAGCAAAAACUCUGCUCACCCUUCAUCCCCCAACGUUUUACAACAGUAAAGAAACGACCGUACGUAAAAAGAAGACAUAGAUUGAUCUAUAAAGUACUGCUUUCUAACACAGAGAUAUUCAAUGUUGACUGAAAAACAAAAUUUUGGAAAAUGGCUAUAUUAUAAAUUACCUUUGUAAGGUCAACUAUAAGGGUACAUAAGCAAAGGGAACGCGUAAAAAAUGAACAGUGAGAAAUAAUAGCACAUACAAAAGAUCGGUACUUUUUUGACUGCCAAUUUGCAGCAUGAAGUCCUUCAGACAUGAAGAUAGCCAGGUUGUUUAUAGUGGAUCGUAUAGUCUGAAGUUUUGACAUCUAAUCGGGCUUUUAUUACAUUGAAAGAUUCUUUUAUUCUUAGUGUGAAUCUCUUUAGAUAAGUGCAAGAAGAUUUUCUGCAGGAUUAAGAUCCGGGCUGUUGGUAGAAAUAAAAAUCUACUAGAGGCCGCAUAUAAGAGGCUGUUGUCUAAGAAUUUAUAUUAUAUUUGCGAGCGCUGUAAGAUUCAUUUUCAGAGCGAUGAACAAAAGCAUUACAAAGCAUUAGAAAAGCAUUACAAUAUCCAUUCGGCGCCGGUGAAUGUUGUUGAAACCGAAGACAUCAUUCACAAUGUCGAUAAACACCCUGCUGCUGAUGGUGUCCGUGAUCGAACGCCAGACUGGCCGCUCUCCCACUGUGAUACCCAUCCAAACCAUCAAACAUCCACAGUAAUUGAAGGUUGUCGUAUACGCAGUGUGCUCUAUCGGGAAUUUCUUUCCACAUAUGACUAUCCAACCAACUUCGUGGGCUUUUCUUAACAUAAGGCCCUUAUUGUAGAAGCAUAUGCUCUUUCAGAGUGAGGGCCUAUAAUUAAUGUAAUUCUUCUCAAAUACGAAGUGUCCCCUGACAAGUUCCCUACUCAAAAAGAACCUGAGCAUGACCUUUACCUGAUGAACUUAAGAUUUCUGCAUUUGUUUCUUGAUUAUGUUCAUAGAGAACAUCGGCAGAUAUUGCACGUGGACGGUCUGAAUGAGCAAAUAGUGGUACUUGUAAGGUAUAAAAUGAAAGCAAUCGUCGCCAGGUUUACUUUUGGACUGUUCUGGUCCGCCCUGAUUAUCCUAUCGUUCAAUCGUUUAUAAUCGGUCACAGAGUAAUUUUAGUAAUAAUGUAAAUAUUUUCCAACAACUCACGCAACAAGCCUUCCCCUGCUAAAUUUAUUGUCCGUUCGCAGUCGACUGCGGAUGGAAAUUAUCUAAACAUCUUUAUUGCACGGUGUGAAACAGAAAAGUGAGAGUAUGUCGCGAGUACUCAAUAUAUAUAUAUAUAUGUUUACGCUCAGUAACCUUUGGUGUUCUAGAACACUCUACUGUCAAGCAAGUUUAUUGCUGAAUUUUGUGUCACAAAACGUCAUAACUGUGCAAAACAGGCGUUUUGAAGCUAAGUCCACCAUUUUCCCUCAAAAAGUGCGAUUUCUUAUGCCUGCCUUUGACUGAUUUUCAAGGACGCAAAAUCCAAUUUUCCGCCUCCUGAGGGGAUUUAUUUCAAACUUUUCAUAUAUUAAUGUCAGUUUAUAGCACAAGGCGCACAAUAAGAGACUUUGACCUGUGAAUUUCGACAGCGCAGUAAAUUACCCGGAUUUAAUGAAACGUCUGAUUUCACCCAAAUCUGGCCUGUCUGCCUUCAUAAAAUAGAUUUAAAAUGAAGUCUUCUCCAGCAAACAGGUCCAUUCGCCUCACAUCAAUCCAACAAACACAAAUAACAACACCAAUUAUAUGCAUACUAUGCAACCGAAUUUCGGCCAUGGCAUUUCAUGAAUCAAACCACCUACUGUAUUCAUGCAGUUGUAGAGUUUGCAACACAUUUUCUCUGCCAAGAAUUUAUUUUUGAUGUUCCCUGUGACUGCAUUUAAGCGGUUACCCAUAUUCAGGACGUUAAUCGGUCUGUGAAACUGCCCUUUGCUUAAGAAUUGCGCACUCUUGGUGCAUAAUGUCAAAAACUCCUGCAGUUGUUAUGGGUCUAAACACUUUUCGGAUGCAUGCUCACAAAUUAUGUCAGUGCUUUAUUCGACCAACAGUCUAAUAAAGGUGCGAUUUGCCUCCGGUAAUGUUUUCGGCAUGUUCAGUAGGCUUAAGUCCUUCGAACUCUCUACGAAUGCAAAUGUACCUCUAGUGCUGGGAACACCGACGCUAUCUAGCAGGGCCUGUUUUUUGGUCUAACAACUGCACGAGGUUGUGAUGGAGUGGAUUCUUCAUUGGAAAAAUUUGUUGUCACGGCACACAUGGCCUGAUAACUUUUCUUUAGCCUGUGCAUUCGGGGAAUACGCGAGCCUGUAGGCCUAAGACAUGGCUUUUCUGUCUACCACUUUUUUCCUGAGUAGCGAUUUCACCUUCUUCCUAGCACGCACUCUCACUAUUUUUAUUUCUUUUCCAUGGGUUAAGGAGGAAAAUUUUCAGCGAUUUCUCAGCAUUACUCUUGAUAGUUUUUUUUAACACAACGUCGGCAGCCUUCCUCCGGUAGUUCAAAGCUAGAAAUGUUGCUUGCUCAAUGGUAUACGCUGAAUAACCGGCGUUAUUCUGUCCUGAUGGACGAUCUGAACAAAUUUCGGUUUUUACCAUCCCACGCUGUUUUCUGACGCUGACGUUAAAUCCGACACCAGUCGCUAUACCAACAGACUUGCCUAUGUGCUUAUACCCUUUUUUGGGCCCUAACCUCUUAUCGAGCUGGUGGUUUUAUCACUAUGUGUAGGCUAUUAGAAGUUGAACGAUAGGUCACAAAUAAUAUCACUUUGUUCUGUAUAUUUGGACACCUUUGUCGUAUUUAUAAUGUAAAUACCUCUUAAUAACACGGUUUCAGCUAUGUUAGCACACUUCUACCUCUAAGGAGUUUUCGAAGCUGGAUGCUGGAGUUCAGAUUGCCUUUUGUUUGUCUUACAACUACACAAGCUCCAUCAAAUAUAACCCAAGGUUUUUGAGAAUGCCGAAUAUAUACCCUUCUAUGCACGUCCCCUUUAUUCACCAAACCGUUGGGCCCCAACGGGUUUUCCAUCAAAACAUAUAUAUAUAUAUAUAUAUAUAUAAUGUUAGGGGGCGCUGACCGAUCGUCCAUACGGAACUCACUCGUUCCGUUGUGCCUUAUGGACUCUCUCUCGAGCCCAACCAGCAGCCGCACAGCGGCGCAUGAUAGAUAGGCAGAAUGGUAUUGCCGACAAAGACAAGGGAGACUGGAAUGGCCAUUUCUGGCUUAUUAGCCGUUGUCAGCCAGCCAUACCCAAGCCCGAAGUGUGGAACACCCGAGCCUCGAACUCGCGACCUGUUGGUUUAGAAGUCAACGCCUCUACUCACCGGGCCACGAGCCCGUUGCCUUGUCGGUUUUCGAUCGGGAAUAUACAAUGUUAGGGGGCGCUCACCGAUCGUUCAUACGGAACUCACUCGUUCCGUUGUGCCUUAUGGACUCCCUAACAUUGUAUAUUCCCGAUCGAAAACCGACAAGGCAACGGGCUCGUGGCCCGGUGAGUAGAGGCGUUGACUUCUAAACCAACAGGUCGCGAGUUCGAGGCUCGGGUGUUCCACACUUCGGGCUUGGGUAUGGCUGGCUGACAACGGCUAAUAAGCCAGAAAUGGCCAUUCCAGUCUCCCUUGUCUUUGUCGGCAAUACCAUUCUGCAUAUAUAUAUAUAUAUAUAUAUAUAUAUAUAUAUAUAUUAAAUGUACAUCUGAAAAGGACAUCUGUAGGAGUCUUAACUAGUUAACUUAGUUUAUCCUAAUCCCGUAACCUAUUGGAGGCCACGAUUUUGAUAGCAUUCGCAAUAAGAAAGUCUAUUGGCACCUGCUUCAGUAACAGUUGUUGUUUUAGUUUCCCAUCAUCUUUUCCCGCAUUGUCUUGCUUCAUUGCCUUAGGGAAGAACUUAGGCUUCUUAAAUCGGCGCAUACGAACCUGCUAGUUUUUUUGCAAUAAUAUGCCUUAUUUAACUCAUUUGCCUGUUUAUCUACUGUUUGUCUUUGGGAAAUUGCCUUUCCACGAAGGUUUUGCAAUCAUUAGUGCACCACUCAGAUUUCCAUCGGAGAUAGCAAAUUUUGUUAUUGCAUAAAGACUUAUUAAUGAGUAAGUCGCCGUUUUUCUUGCCAAUCCCUUGUGCUUUGUCCUCGUCGGCCACAUUUAUGGCAAUUACUCAUGGUUGGACGCAAUACGCAGCUUUGCUGCAAAGCAACCCUCGCACUGUACCAAUAGGUUCGUACUUAAUGUCAGUCAGAACAAACAUAACGACCAAAGCGCUGCUCUUAUCGAAAUGCUCGGCGAAAAAAAGUCUUUUUAGCCACCCGACGCCCUAAACGGAUAUAAGACAUUGCUACAUUAAAAAUGUAUCGUAAGCACAAUCCGGCGAAUAAACGGACCUAUUUUUCUGACUUUGCUUCUCGACUCACAAGGGACAGGCAGUAUUGUAUGCCGGCGUAUGCGACCUUGCUUCCCUACUACUUCGCCAUCCCUCCUCCCCUCCCCUCCCCGUCAUCUGUCACCAAAACGAAGGUCUCAUUGGCAUGUAGCUUAAUUAAGUUGGCUUUACUGUUUGCGUAAUCCGCUACCUAUUACUCUGCAUGAUUGGGACGCAGGUUAGUCGAACACUCCCGCCAUUUUAGACACUACUCCUAAUCUCAGCACCGGGCUACUCGACUCGAACAGGCCACCGGCCCAUGUAAGGAAGGAAGAAAGAGUGGGACCAACACUGGCCUGCACUUUCUCAGCGCAUUCCUCAUCGUCAUAACUUCGACGUGCUUAGAGUCCUGACUAAGGUUGCGGUGUACCACUUUACCUUUGUCCCCAUUUGCAACGAGAAUCUGAUGUAGUCGCUUCUUAAUGUACCGUUAAUAGCCUUCAUUUCGGUGAGAUCAAGGAACAACGUUUGAAGACUGGAUCGUGUGUGACGGGCGUGGACGAUGGCUUUUACACCGCAUCAACCAUUGCGCCCAGUCGCAUCUGUUUGCGGAGGAACUAGAACUUACUACUUGUAUGGGUACGGCAAACGAAGGUGGCGUUGAUCCACAUCGGACCACACCACCUACUUCCUCGCUAUGAGUAACCGAAGUGCCUUAAGCUAUUACGGUGCUCUAAGUAUCGUAAAUUAGAAUAUUGUCAGGUGACGAGAUAACUCUUUCCGUUCCUGUAUCAGGAGUCCGAUUGUAAUAUUCUUUAGCUAGUAUUUAGGGUGCACUUUCCUGGGGAGAGACCCGAGAUGUCUGUUUGAGGACUGACUUUGAUUCAAAUGCUCGGUGCGCAUAGACGAAGGCUUUCACGCCACCUAACCUGCUGCGCUCACUCUUGCCUCCAGUCCUCUUAAAUUUGUCUUGAAAUCAAAACAUAUUGGGCGUUGUAAGCAUUUACUGAGGUGAAGGCUUCACAAGUCUGCUGAAUUAUGGAGAAAUUCACGCGCGACGCGACACUGCGCCCUUCAUGAAACAGCGCUGACGCUUGUCUUCCGCUAUAGGCAAACUGCCGCAUCGUGUGUCCACGUACUUGCGUGUCUGUGAGGUCGAUUUAAGAAAGAGUCCGAAAAAGACGGAACAGGAAAGUAGAUUUUUCGUCUAAAUUUCCUUUUUCUGAGAAGAUCAAAGCCCUACCAGACGAGACCGCCUUUGUGUUAGUCGUCUACUGUCUCUUGUGAAAACGUGGGAGAAGCCGGCAGUGUCUCAAUAUGCAGACCAAUAAUAUGAAAACCUGUCUCGAUCGGGUUGGGUGAGCAGACACUGCCACAACUCUCCCAGCUUGUAAGUUCUUCGAGAAAUUAUUUUCAGGAAAUAGGAUUGACCCUUUACGCAUAUACAGAAGGGAGGAAAUGGCUCAUUACGUAGGCCGUUUGUCAAUGCAUUCUAUUAUUUCAUUGUACAAGACAACUGGUUAACUAAUGCUCAGGGGUAUCCUAAAUGGAAGCGCAAUGCAUUUGGUCUACAUUUUAUUCUCGUACAUGCAGACCCGAUCAAUAUGGCUAGACUUUGUUCUUUCCUAAUUUCACCCAGCCAGCUGACGACCAGCCUUUCCUUCUGGUCUAUUCCCCAGUUGGAUAUUGUAGAUUUCACCACUUGCUCCUUUUUUUCGUCAUAGCCGGGAUACCAAUUCUAAAUAAACUUUAUUAAUAAAUUAUAUCCUGUACACACCUAAAUAUUAGUCUGCACGUCUACCUCCAAACAUUCGCUUCCAAACAAACUUAGUGUGCUUUUUCCUUUUAACACAUCUAUGCAAUGGAGUAUGCUCCAGCAGAAAGUCAGUGUGCUCCGUCAUCAAACUUUUGUCUAUACAUCAUUUUAUAAUUCUCGUUCACUUAUUGUUAUUUCUUCAUUUACUCUGUGUAAGGAGAUUCUCAUUGGAAAAUAUCACUGCUGCUUAAGCGCAUGCUUUGAUGAUCGAGAAAGCAGCGGGGAGUUUCUCGUAAUUUCACAGAGCACCGUUAACUAAUAGACUGCAAUAACUGCUUGUUGGUUUUGCUUGCGGCACUGGACGUAAAUUCUUCAAAGCCUCUAUUUGAAUACUUUGGUUUCGAUUAAAAAUACUUCACCCAGCCAAACGAUUGUAAGGCAAGUCUUGGUUUUUUAAGUCACUUUAAAUCAUUAUUCUAGCCCAUUGGCAUGUGAUCAAAGAGUAAAGACCAAUUUGUAAUAAAUGAUUUCUGACUGGAAAUACAACAAAUACGAAAACGGGCUUUUUUAGCGUACUCUUCGUCGUUCUCUGUUCAUGAGUAUGAUUAUAUACCGCAGGUCUUGGUGGAUGUGGACGGAAAUGACAAUUUUGUUCUUGCUUGCCUCUGUUAAUAACACUCAUAGCCGUAGAAGUGUUUGCUUGUAGCCCUAAUGUUUAUGGGCAGUCUUUAUGGCAACGAAAUGGGGAUAAGUGAUUAUUGGGGUUUCAUGUGAAUCAUGUUAAGUUUAAACUAGUUAUUAUAGCCAAAUGAGACCCCCAAUUUUCUGUCAUCAUCGUCAAGACGGGGGAUAAGAGUCAAAUGAGUAAGAGGCAUAAGUAAAUUAAACCUUGUUUACAUUGUCUCACCUGCCUUCGAGUUUGCCCCUUAUCUUACCUUAAAAAACACUUAAUGAAAAGUGAGGCUGGCGUCGACUUUCGUUGCUUCCUUUCCGUACAAAAAAAACAUUUUUUAAAAACGUGCAAAACCCAUUGUAUGCAAACGUUUUCAAGCAUGCCCCUAUGGUAAAAGAGUUUUGGAGAACGCAUGCGUAUGAUCAACGCACAUAUUUUUACUUUCCUCUUAGGUGUUACUUUCAGAUAAACUCGCAGUAAUACUCCGAUCUCAUUUUCACAAACAUUGUUUGCCUUAUUGAACUCCAAAAAUUAGUUGAAUGUGCUAAUGCUUAUCAGAAACGUUGGUUCUGACUGAUCGCUUCCAUCCCUGUUCCUGGACAAAGUAAGCAGUUGGUCUUGACGAAUGUGGGCAGGACUUUACUGCGCUUUCUAUCCCCAUUUGCCUAGGUACGUUUUUGUUCUACGCUGCAUUGCCUACCCCUUCACGGUGGGGCUUCCUCAGGAUCCCGUACGACGCUAUUUACGACUAACCAAGGAAUACUUCAAUAUUCUCAAAGACCGUUUUACAGUAAGUUUGCCCAUUUACUAUUUCCAUGAUGACAUAUUUUGUUGAUAGUUUAAUUGAACGCCAAAUUUACUCGCGACGUCUGACACAUCUCCCUUAUGUGUCAAACAUACUUGGUAACUGUACUCUAUGCGAGCUUCAUGUGCCGCUGCAAGCGUCCUACGUCUAUGUAAAAAUUGGUAUUCCUUCGGACCUUCGAUGACCUUCUAAGACAACGCGUGGUCUAUGACCUCUUAGUCUCCUCGUGCAUAAAAUGUGAGAAAUGGCCGCAGACUUUGCACGCAGACUAUUACAAUCGAUAGGACAGCAUGCCCGUGGCUUAAUAGUAAGAGCGUUAGACUAAUAAUCAAACGAGGUCUUGGCCGACCAUCAGGUGCUGUAAGCCUGGGCCUGAGUAUGGCUGGCUGAUGACUGUGAAUAGGCCACAAGUGGUCGUUCCAGCCUCCCAUGUAUUUGUUGGUAAUCUCCCUCUAUUGCAGUGCAAGCGGCUGCGGGGUUCUUGAUCGAGCCCCAAAGGACAACGUGACUAGCAGAUUCCGUAACGCGACCAGUGUGCGCCCUCUACCAUAGUCUAAACACAUAUAGGCGUUAUUGACUAGAAAGCUCGGUUUUAGAUUAAAGUUUAUAACGAAGUUCUGCCCUCAGACCUAGUAAUCUACAGAACGACGUCCCGAGUCCUAGGAUCGCACCUUUGGAUAGCCUAUAACUAUCGAUGAAGAGGACUGUAUAUACCCCCUAACUGCUGCAACCUUCUUUACCUCCGUUGGCGGACUCUCAAGUGCUUAGACUACUUGAUGUUUCUGCAGAUUUUAAGUUAUUCCUUUUAUCAAACAAAUUUGAUAAAUUCAAUGACCUAGGUGCGAUUCAAACCCCCGACAGCAAGAGCAUUGCUUUAGUACAGCCAAUGCUCUAGCGACCUGAGCUGCGAGGCCCUAACAGGAGCCGGGAGUUUAAUCAAAUUUGAGUCAAGAAACCUACCCAGCCUACUGUAACGUCUGGAAUCCAACGAAAUCUGAUACAGCGAGCUGACUGCCCAAACAGUAUUUCCUUACUUAUCCAUCUAGUAUCCACCAGGUGACUAUCAGGCUCACGUAACUAAAAGGUGUUUUGGCAGAUUUCGAAUAAUUUACUUUGACCCAGCUAAUUGAAUCUCGACGACCUCGGUGAGAUUCAAACCCAAGCGUUGGCUUCACUAAAGCCUCGCCCUUGCUGUCCUAAGUUCAAAUCUCACCGAGUUCGCCUAGUUGUUUUACGGUGGGGUCAAAGUAGAGUAUUUGGAUUGACAGUCAAAAGACCUACUUCAAUCCCCCGCAGCCUGUUUUCUGUUUUACUCGAGCACUUCUUCUCCGCUUUCUAUGCAAUUCAACAUGUAUUGACUAUUCAAUUGUAAAAUAUUAGCUGUCUCAAAUAUCAUGGGACAUUGACAGCUUUGUGACAUUCCUUCACCAUCAAAUACGCCGAGGCAUCUGCUUCUGUUAUGCGUUAUAAACUCUUCCCGUUUCAUCCUGCCCAGAUAAGCAUAUGUAGGCACAUUAUUGGAAACAACUGGAGCGCUCAUAUAGUUCUUCAUCUACCUAAUCCCCUUGGUUCACGCACCCAGGUACUGAUGACCCCAUGAUGCUUUUUCUAUCUUGUAGGCCUUCUUGAAUAAGGAUUUGCAGAUUACUUGCGACGAGGCAUUUUACAACGCUGUGGAGCACUUUUAUGAGAUCUUCCUGAAAUCCGAAAAUGUUGAACGGAUGGUGAAGACCGGGGCCUUCUCAAUGCAUGACAUACGAGAAGUCUUUAUCAGUAGCAUUGAACAACGGGUAAGGAAAUUAAAUUGUUGAUGGAAACCAAUAAGGACCUAUUUUAUCCCGAUAUAGGCUUUGUUAGAUCAAAACUUGUGAUAACGAUUGCAGUAACGGAUGCACUCUGAGAAGAACUUUGGACUCGCUCUUCUGCUUGCAUAUAUGGUCUUGUUUAACAUGAUCUCACAUCCUUGACCGCCACAUCCUUCCUCCUACGUUCUAGAAUACUACCGAAAUUUCAGGAAGAACUAACUGUACACUAGGAUUUAAAUCACAAAAUGAGUGCGAACGGGCGUUUUUGUCACACUACGAAUGCUUUUGAAAUAUCCUAUCGAGGAGAACUACUGUUUUCCAAAUUGAAAAUCCUCCUACUUAAAAUAUGGGUUUAGUUGUUGGUGGGCGUCCACUUUACGAACGACCUAUCAGGGCCUUUUUUCUGGCACUUGUGGGCAGAUGCGAAGUAAUUUUUCUAGCAAUCCAACUUAAUAACUUGUAUUCGGGUAAUGAAGCAAGCAUAUUCGAGUUGCUGGAUGCGGACCUUAUCCACCUUCUUAGGCUUGGAGGUUUUGUCUGCAGCCAUAUUAUCAGGGGAGCUGCAUUUGUGCGGAUUGCGCCCAAAGCUGACACCGGAAAUCUCGCACGAGCCAGCCGCCCCACGAGUCAGGAGUUGGCUGGGUUAUGGUGCUCCUAUCGGAGUCAUUCACUAAAGCCAAUGAUCUUAGCUAAUCUUUUGCAUAGUUUAGACUGCCCCCCAGAGAUAACUGGCUGCAAUCUCGAUUCGAGCGCAGCCUGCCGACCACCGGGAAUGCUGCUGCAUAAUGACCCAGUCUUUCAAAUAUCACAUGUCAUGGAAAUUUCUAUCUUCGUUGUCUCUGAUGGUGGCUGUGACUAUAAAUUUGGAAUGUAUGCGAAGUUUGUUUUCUUCGCGUUUAGUGUCGAGUGUUUGAAUUUCUUCAUGCAUCAACAAAGCUUAUUUUUAGUGAAUGAAGGCUGGCCUUUUGCCACACGUCAACCCUUUCGAGACAGAUGUUCUACUUUAUCACCUAUGUAGAAAUAGUUGGAACAGAAGAGAAAAAAUUAGCCAUUAGCACUUGGAUAUUGUUCUGAACGUCUAUCCUGUAUAUUUCAAACUCUACUUUGAAAAUUGUUUUGCGUUUCCUUCCCAGUCUUAUGUCCUUUAUAUAGUUUAAAUUAUUGCUUUACGUUGUUAUAUCCGGAAUAUCGUAUCUGUUUAGUUAGGAGGAUUUAACCCUUUUGAACUUUUACGUGUAUCUUAUUUGCUUUUUACUAGCUGGUGCGUUUCAGCGAAAUUGAUGGACUGCCUAAACAGACAGUAAUUAGUGCCUGGAAGAUAAAAUUUGACCAGAUCUGUCGUGGUGGUGAAGGUCCCUGCCCCAUCGCCAACAGACUUGGGUCCCAGCAACUAGAGCUCACCAACCCAACCAGGGAGCAACUCUAUGAGAUCUUUAUGCGUAUUCUUUCAAUCAAGAAGUACGAACACCAGAUCCUCUUCAAUGCCUGCCAAGUAAGCUGGUCAUACCUAUCUCGACUUUUGAACUCGUAUACAUACAGCAGAUGUGCUAUCUCAUGAAAAGCUGACCGAAAUACCAAACAUGUUUUUGAUAGGAAAAGAUUACUUAAGUACGGUUGUAAUCUUAAAUAUGGUCCAGCAAAAUCUUCAAAACCUAAUCACAGCAUACUUAUCUGCUUGCCCUCAUUUUUUAUUCAUUAUUUCAAUAGAAAUCUAAAUUUGCAGAUUUGAAGAGAAUUUGUCGAAGGCAGACGCAUGUUUGCCCAAUUGUCUUCAAAAUAAUCCCAAGAUAUUUUAGUCGCGCCAGGAUGUUGGCGUUUGAACGACCUUCUUUCCGGCCGUCUGCAAAAACGACGUUCCAUGGGAAAUGAUUAACUAUGUAGCAUGAACUUCUCCCAUCGAUUUUCGACACCCCUACAGAUCGAAAUAUAGUUUAUAGAAAGCAUGCACAACAAUAUUCUUUCGUGUGCUCAGUUGGUGGUGGAGAAUCAUAUCUUCAAAUUUUGUACUUGAACGAAAGGAACAUUUCGGUUUUCAAAAGUGUAUAAUCAUGAAACUUUUUCAAACAGUUAAAUGUCCAUUCAUAAAACAUCAUAUCUGUCCACUUAGUAAUGCUGCUUGUGGAAGAUACAACGUGGUUCACAUCCGCUGCAACGUUUUAUGAGUCCUAUAUGACGUCAUGUUAAUGGCAUACUGAAACUUAUGACAUUCUUUAUAUAAAAAUAUUCAGUUUGUAGUCUGUAUACACUGGGCGCAGGUGUAACGGCGAGUCGGGCUCGAAAUUAUUUGGCAAUUGAAGUUUCUUAAAAACGAAAACAGUCUUUUUUCAAGUGGGAACUUUGUAGAAGACGAAAGUGGCUGCCAAAUAAGUACGAGAAAGGGAUAUUUAUAUACAUUUUUUCCUAUAAACAAUAUUUGGACUUAUAACGAUAUCGUAUGGACGUUAAUGGCCAAAUCAUGUUACGCAACACCACCCGGUCUUCGCUCUCAUUCUUGAUGUAUGACACGUGUCAUUUAUUGUCGUGCCAAUUUCGCUAUCUAUCCCAGAUCUGAGCGGUGAGAGGCUGAAAUUAUUUUUCACGCUCCCUUUGUGAAGAAAGUUCUGGUGGCGCGAGCAUGGGUCCUGGAGCGUUGCGGAAAUGGUGUAUUUUAUAAAGGUCAAUUCUCCAUCCGCCAGCAGACAAUCAGACCUAAUUGUCACUAUCAAAAACGGAACGGUCAGUGGUUGUGCACGACAUACUAUACUAUAAAUGCAAUGAAACUUCCUUCGACACAAGAUUGGAUGAGAUCCAGCUUGCAAACAACUGCGAAUAUUAACUGCUCUCAGUCCAGCCUAGGAUACUCGCAAAGCACCAAUCGGUCUGACCUGGAUCAAUAACUAAAGCGAACAUAGUCGACUAGGCCCCAGGACUGUGUCUGCCUUGAAGAGGCAAGGCAACAGUCAGACCAUGAGACCACCAUGGAACACCUGUAUGCCGACGCGCUCAAGGUAUCGAGCUCAACUUACAUGCUCAGCAGCUGCUGGCGAAUGCUCUUGGGAUUAAGUGUUGAAUCGGGGCACAUGUUAAUUAUUUUGAAACUGCGCUGGCCGCAGCAGGGGGUCGAAGCCACGCAGGUCUGCCAGGGAUCAGCUGCGAAGAGGCCAGGCAGGCCAAAUUGCGUGCGUCUGACAGCUUAUAACACCAGGGCGGAUAACGAGAUUGAGCAACUUAUUUCCAGAAAGAAUAACCGCUCUAAUGAUGGAUUCGAGUAUGUUUCCGAAAUGACAAUUCGAUGCGUGAGCUCGUCUCACUCUCCUCCUUGUCUUCCCUGGGAACGUAUAAACGAUAGAAUGCUUAUAUACAUACUCAUUAGCGUUUUUAUGAAAGACGAUGUUGUAAAAUAUGGUCCUAUGUAAUUCUUUAACAGACUGAUGUCGUUACGUUGGGAGUUAACAUUUUUCCUAAAAUCGUCCUCAUAUUUGGCAGUUAUAAAUUAAAAUCAACGUGUAAGGACGGUUUAUUUAAGAAAUUAACGAAAUCUGAGUAUAUUCCGUAUUACGCUGAAGACGUUUGUCUCUCGUUGUGGACUACGGCCCGCGACCCUAGUAUUUUUCAUUGGCAGCCAAUUCUCUCGAUUCGAAGUAAUGCGAACUUCACAUACUUGCUUUCCAAAUCUUUGGUGCAUUUUCGAAGAUCAUAAUUCAUGUUUGUUAUGGGACCCUUAUAUAGUCGGUUUUCGCCAAGUGGACCAUCCAAAUGAUGCUUAAUGCGGCGAAUUUAGAAGGUUUUAUGCUCCCGUAAAACCUAUUCAGACUGAAAUAAAUGCUUUUCCCCAUGGAUUGGUUUGGUAUGUCUUCAAAUUCAUAAACAGAGUAAUUUCGGCUUUCUUUGGAAAAAAAGACGAACUAAUAUUCAAAACUAUUACCAAACUCAUUUUAUUUUAUCAGUUGGACAGUGUCGACGAACAGGCGGCCCAAGUACGGCGGGAAUUGGCUAGUCAAAAGAGUUUUCUCGAAGAAAUGGCUAUCGUACGUCUUCUUUUCUCCGAAAACCAUCAUGCUACCUUAACGCUGUCUCCUUUCUUUUUUUCCACUUUUAAACGUGUUUUCAAAAGGAACAGUAGCCUGCGUCCAAAAAUUUUGGCUUUUGUAAGGCAUUUUAGCAUCCUUUAAGAGCUACGCGAGUCUAUUUUAAAUUCACACAUUUUACCCUUAAGCUCAUUUGGCCAGCACUUAACCAUAUUUCGAUCUUUUAUUUCCUAGAUGGAGAAACGCCUGGAGAGAUCAUGUCGUUGUCUUUAGCUUACUUGUUUUUUAAAGCUCGAAGAUGGAAUUAUUAUUUCAUACAAAGGAAAUAUAGAAUGUUAAACACGUAUGUAGGAAUUGGCUGUGUGUGUAUUUAAUGCGAUCUUUAAUAAGAACUGAUUAGGACCCGCAAUGGCCGGACAUCGAUAUCAUUCGUAUACGUACGGUGGACACCUUUUGUCCGAGCCAUUUUAUCUGUACGUCGAGUUAUCCAACGGCCGGAGAAGAGUUUUUAAAUGAAAUGUAUCUGGGAGAAUUCGGCGUUUUUCGAGCGGUGCCUAAAAGCAAACUUAUUCCGGGCAUACUUUGCACCGAAAAACCUCUUUCAACGUACAAAUUUUCUCUUUGUCCAAAAGAGCAGCGAACGUCGACCACAAUCACAAUCGUUACGCAUUGAUAAUAUGUAUUUUGUAUCAUUCCUUCGGCGGCAAAAACUAGCCCCUUGUCCCCCUUUCUAGCGCUCAGUCGGGUGAUUUCCAAAAUUGCAAAGCCCAAAAUUAAAUCCGGUGUUUAGAAGCUGAACCGGACGUGGGCAUACACCUAUUGCCGCUCUCCGGAUGUCAAAUGUAACAUGAACUAUUAACACAUGUCUAGUCCGAUGCGGGUACUCUUCUAAACUUCCGGCCGUUCAUGAAAAUUGUCCAUUUGUUAACAGCCUAAAUGUCCUGUGUCAUUUACUGUGCCACUGUAAUGGGGUGAAGUCAAGCCCAAGAGUUCAUAGUUUUUGCAGUGAUCAUAUUCGGAACUGUACGAGAUUGUGGCUCAUUAUAUACCUUUUCUUUUUGUAAUAUUUAACAAUAUGCGGUAAAAUAUGACGAACACACAAUAUAAGCAAAAUGUACAAUUCGGUUGUCGUCUUCACAGUGUUGGCGUAGAUAAACCGGUUGAUCUUACACAGAUAACUGAACUCUGCGGCCCUUCCAGCCUACCCCGGUAACAUUUAGUUGUGACUUUCUAAAUCUAAAUCAUCGAUAGCCUGCGAGAGAGAAUUUUUGUUCGCAUUUAUGACUUCUGAAGCACUUUGCAGUAAUGAACACAUUCUCGAGUGCUCUCGCCACGCAGCUUAGAAUCGCCUGGGAGUCAAGAUAUCAAAGGCCUUUGCGGCAUUGUCGGUGGGACUUAUGCCACGGUAGUUCUGACAUAUUGUUUUAUUGGUUUUCUUCAAGAUACACACACAGCGGUUGCUGUUGCAAAUGUCUUCCUAUCUUUGCUCACGCAACACCUUUAAGGUAAAAGAGACUGACAAAAGUACAGACCAAACAAGUGUCGAAAGUUAACUAUACUUCGACUUUGGUCAAGUUGUAAGCAGUAGACCCGUCGUUCGCCUAUUGAGGAUUUAUGCAUCGCAAGCAACCUACCGUUGAUUUACCGAACCGGCUGGUUGUUUUCGAGUGCCAUGCACGUCUGAGAUCACCGUGUAAAGCGUCACUUUGGUCAAGAAGUUUUACGGUGUUGCCUACCUGAAUUUGCUGUCAUUUUACGGAGUUCUAGGAAGUAUUCGUCGUAGAGGGAUCAAAUUUGCUCUGCUAAAGGGCCAUUUUGCUGGGUAAAUAUGGCAAUUAUACUAGUUUCGUCACGACUGUGCAUUAAAUGGAAACUAGUGACCGCUGCACAUGACUUUCUUUUAUACCGAAAGGGUGUAUUGCGUUCCCGCAUUCAAGACCACAUAUGCGAGUGCUUUAAAAUUUUGCAAAAUAAUACCGUUUUGCAUAAUUACCUUCUUGUGAGUGGGUAAGUAAUGGGCUUUUUAACCCCACGUAAACGAGAAUACACUCGGAUUCAUCUUUGUUACCGCUUUUGGUAGUAUACAUCAAUAUGCUACUAUUAGGCUAGCCAAGAAGCCUCAUCUUGGCUGCAAUAUUAAUGAUCGAGCUGACGGGUGCAAACGACUGUCUGUUGGUUGGAGCGGACUAUUUGGUUGUUAAAGAUCGGUAGCUUUUCGCAUCGAUCACCAAAACAAAUGAGUCAGUUGGUUUCAAAGAUGUAGUCUAGUUCAACCUUUCCAUUCACCAAAAAUGUCGUUCGGAUCACUGAAGGGACGCUUUUGAGCAGGUUAUUCUUUUUCUUCUCCUCCAACUUCCUUUUGUUCCCCUUCUUUCUCUUCUUCUUAUUCCCCCAACGUAUUCCUCUCUUCCUCGCUCUUCUUUUCUUUCUCUGCAUCUUGCACUCCUACCUGACCAACCAUUCAAUUUCACUUCCAUGCUAUUUUUCGCAACAUUUCGUACGGUAGACUUCAUUGUUGUAGCAUGAUUCCCUUUGUUUAUGAUCAAAAUGACCCGAAGCGUGUUUUGGUGCCAGGUUUAUGCGGCGAAGAGCGUAGCUCGACUGAAUUCUGGAUUCCUGUUGGAUUAAUCUAAAAAACAUGAAACAAAGUUUUAACUCAUAUUCGAACUUCCUACUGGCCUUCAUUUCAUCGUGAUGUGUUGACUUCCCGCCACGUACACGCACUCACAAUGGCAACCUUUUAUUAACAUUACUGUAUAAAAGUGCCUGUGGCCUUCACCAGCACUUAAAUGCCAUACAGUAUCUAAUCAUCUACUCAUCAGAUUAUUGUUUGUUUAGCUACUGUGAUAAUGUCUGUUGCAUUAUUAAAAUUAUAAAAACAGCAUUGAGUAAGAGCAAAGUGUGUUUGCUUUACCUCCGCUCCCCUUCCCCCCCCCCCAACUCACGCAUGAUCGUGCAUAGGCUGUUCAUUGGACAAGAUUCAAAGCGCAUAUCAGCAGAUCGUCAGUUGUGCCGCGGUAAAUAUCUCAGUCGAGUCACCCCAGUUUCUCAGUCGGUGUCGAAAGUAUCUUUGACUCCGCUAUAGGUGAGCUUGACCUAGAGAUCACGUCCAUCAGAAGAGUGCUGCAAGCCCCGUCUUACUGGGAAAACCGGGACUGCUGUCGCAUUCGCGGUGCCUGCAUAUACGUCAACGAACUAAGAACAAAACUGCACAAUGUAAAGACCUGAAGUCACAGGUUUAUAUACAGGAAAAGGACAUGCCUUCAUUUCUGACGCUCUCUGUGAUUGUUGUCUGAGGCCCUGAGUAAGUCGAGCUAUCCGGUCUGUUCGCCUAGUUUCCGGACCUAGACUUCGCCAAUCAUUGGUCGAUAUCUCUCCGACUUGUAAAGUACUACUUCAAACUCGGUGAGGUACGAAUGCUACCACCACCGGGACAACGCGUGACAGCCUGUCAGUUACAAGUUCUGUUGAGAAAGGAGAUGACGCCUGAUUAUCACCUGCCCAACCGAACUUACCUAACACUAAUGCGCUUCUCUGAACUACAUUGACUUGGCGGAAUGGAGGAGAAUAUCGCCCGACAGAGAGGGAAGAAGCCAAUCAUGCCUGUCCAAAAAUAACGUAAUGAUGGUUUAUGCGUUUACGUCGUUUAUACUAGACAGAGAAACAACGAACUCUGACGUCACUGUUUACUUAAAAAUUAUUUCGUGGAUGCCUUAUCUGUCCAGUUUUGGGCAUCCUUCCCACCAAAACUGUGUGCCUCAUUUUUAAACUAAGAAUAAUCUUCCUUACUCUUAUGCAUAUCCUACCACCCCCGCCGCACUCACCCAGAACCGACAAUAUCCAAAAAUGGUGCACAAGGAGAUGGAGGUACAGUAUGUGGAAGAACAGCUGAAUCACGUGAACCAGCUGAUGCUGCAGCUGGACUCGGUGCCUGUGGGAAAGUCUCACACAUACACCAGUCCGAGCUCCGCAGUAGGCGUAGUGGUACAAUUGCAGCGCCGACUGCAAAAGAAGUGUAGCACAACUGGACACGCUGGAAACUCAUCCCUGCAGCCUGACCGCAACGGCGCACCGGAGGACCCAAAGACUGUUGCUGGCACAGCCGUGAAGAAUGCUCAGCGCCAGGCGGCGACAUUCAACCCCAUGGCGGCUCGACCUUCGCUCAUCGGGGGUGGCUGGACAGACGAUUCAGGGCUAGACAGCGGUCAGCAGAUCUCCGUCCAUCACAGUGGAAGCGUAUCGAAAUUGUCUAUUCAACUGUCCUUUCACCUGGAAGUGAGCAUUUGGCGUUAAUGCCUCCAUUUGAGAUUCAGAACAAAUUUUUGAUAUAGAUCUUAUGUAGGAGAUUACGUUUAUUCAUAAUGAUGUUUAUGGUUACCGAGUCAAGUCAGUGAAGCAGAACGACUGCUUCAGAAAAUUCUGCUGAUAAGUUCAGCGGUUUUAUGUAAACCGGAACAGGUGUUAUGAAAAGUAUUCCCGGGUGUCAAUACAGAAUUGUUCGUCAUUCGGGAAAAAAUAAAACAAUUUUGGCGGAUAAACCGCUAGUAAACAAGAUAUUAAGAGAACGCAUGUGAAUUCAAUUAUUAAAGAUAGGACUGACUUAUAUGGCCUCCUAAACAGGACACGAGAACAAGAACUGCCUUCAAAAAAUUCCAAUGAAAUCAGAGUUGGAUUUAAGGUUAAGGAAGGGUUAGAUUAGCGACCAGGCUUAAGGCUAAAUUUAAAGUUACCGGAAAGGUAGGUCAGUGUUAGGUUUAGGGUUAAAGUAGGGGCUAAGGUUUACUGCAGCGUUAACGUUUAAGUUAGGGUUAGGAUCGAGAUCAGGGCGACGGUUUAGUUUUAUAUCAGGCUUAUUUUUGGGGCUAGGUCACGGGCAUAAUUUUUCCUUAAUGGAAUUAUGCACAGGUGCGUUCCUUUCCCAUGCCCUGUUUAGGAGACCGCACAAGUCAGUCUCACCCUACUAGAAUUAGCCGAACUCUCUCAUUCGUCCAUUACGUGCUUAGUUCUUUAAACUGAUUAUUUUACAGGUAUCCAUUUGCCAGCUUCGACCGUUGCGACAUCUUUCUGGGAACAAACAACUCUUUUGUACCAUUGAACUAGACGGUUCUUCGGAAAGGCAGAGGACAGCCUCAGUUAAGGCCUGCAAACCAAUGUAAGUGCGAAUCUGUUUACUCGGCUCUUUGAAAGCUAACCGAGUCAAUCCCUGCCUACUGCGAAUAGCCGCCGUUAUUCCUUGCGCACAGGGCCACCUGUUUCUAGAGAAGUCCGUCUCGGACGCCCCAGCCACACUAAUACUACGACAACAUUGUUUGAAUUCGCAAAUCUGGCACUUGUAUUGAAGCUACUAAGUGAAUUACUGCCUUACUAUUGUUGAAUCUAACAUGCAUGCUCUCUUUUGUAACCACACCAUUGCAUUCCUGUCGCCUAAAAUACCGAGUUGCUGCUUCGCUUCUCUUAAUUCCGGUCAUCCUUGAUAGGAAAAUUCCCUCUCCUCUAUCGUAUUAAUUGCGAAAAGGGGCAUGGAAGCAUUCAUCGAGACCUCUAGCCACAAGAAUACAUCUGUGCGUAAUUCAAGCGCAGAUCGAAAGAAUAAACACGUUCUGUGGGGUUCUUUUAGAUCACCUAUAUGACACAUGAACUCCUCGAAGAUGUAGAAGCUAGUGGCUCAGUUUAACCUGGCGGUAGUUCCGGUUUAUUGAUGCCAUGAGCUUCCGUAUCGGCUGUUGCUUCAUUGUGUUUUGCCAGCUUUGUAGAAUGUUGUUGUUGCCAGCAAUGCAUUUUCGGAAAUCAGAAAAAUGUGCGCUUUCCCUUCUCGAAAACAGCGCUUAUUUUGUUAAACUACUCUCCUUCCGUUUAAAACUCCAUGAGUCUGUACUUUUUUCAAACAAAAUUCUUGGGACAUAUCUCUGAUUUUUUGGAUUGCAAUUCACUAUUCUUGGCGUCUGCUCUAACUGCUAACUCCGACCUUGUGCUUUACUCAAACUUUAUCCUAACGGCACACGCUGCCUAGGCAUACUUGGUCGGCGCCUGUACUUUGAUGUUUUUCCUUCUAAAAUUAUCUCCUGAUUUAGUUUCCCAGCACAUUAAAUUUGCUUUCGCCAAUCCCACUUUGUUAAUAAAUCGAAAUUGCGUCUAACUCUUGUUUCCCCUUUGAUUGAAGCAAUACAAACACAAUAGGUUAUCGUGCUACGAUUGAACUAAAAUUGAAAUCGACAAAUAAGUCACUGAGUGAACUGCCAGUUGAUAAAUCUUGCGAUUGUCACAUGUGUGUUUAUUUCCUUUAGCUCAGAAUCUUAACUUUAGCUUUAACCAACUUAGCAGAGUUCGUUCAUGUGGGUAAUAGCCGUUUUUUCACCAUACGCUGGUAGAUGUCCCAUAAUGGCAUCCCAACAAGACCUGCCGUACCUGAUUCUCUUCUUAACGCAGUAUUACUAAAUGCCACCUCGCACUCCUGUGAAGAAGGCUUUACCUGUUAUGUUUUGUUCAGUGGCCACUUUUGACAUAGUCACAGAUCUCUGCGCAGUAUAGGCUACUGUUGUGGAGCAUCGUUCCUUUUAAUCGGGCUCAAGCCCCUUGGGUCGAACGCAGCUAAUCCUUUUGUUUCUGUAGAUCUCAUGAUGAAUGUUAGAAUUUGCGUUGACUUUGCAGUCGUAAAAACGUUUUCCACUUCGUUCGUUUCUAAAGUGCCAACAGUUUUUAUAUGUCAUGCAUUAUUAAAGCAAACAGGCCGAAAAUGGACGCAUAACACGCAUGUUUCAAUUUUGUGCGCACGUUUUCUACCUCCCCCUUAAGUUUUACUCAAGCUAAUCCCUUGCGCAGCGGCAAAAUGCUUAAUUAUUUCUAUGAUAAACGUUUGACAGACCAAGGCUCUAGGGAAUUCGGCAACUCUUACCUUGUGUAUGACUUUUCAAAGUAGCGACCCUUCAUGAUGAUCCAAUUAACAUACUUCGCAUAAUGCGAUUUACUACGUGUAGGUGAUAUCUUAUGUAUUAUUAUUCGUUUAUAGACAUGCACAACAACUAGAUGAAGUUGUGUACACUUCUUGUUUAACUUGCACUUAGUCGCCCAUUAAAUCAAGAUGUGCGUAGACCGGAGGUUGCUGUCGCUCUUGGCGCAAUACUUUCGAAACAGCCUCUGGAUAUUCUUGUAGUAAUGCUUUCUUCUGUAUUCCUGAAUAUCAUGUGAAUGUUUUUCCGUAGCCGUCUGAUGGUAGUAAGUAUCCACCUAUGAGUACAUAUUAACCAUUCCCUCAGAAAAAAACCUGUUUGACUUUCAGCUGGGACACGAUCGCGGAAUUCGAGACUUCCCAUCCUCUUCCCUGCCUUAAAAUUAAGUUAAUGAAGGAGAGUAAUGGUCCCCUCUCUCUAGAUGACAAGGAACUCGGUCGAGUAAGUCGUCUUAUUUAACGCGUUCCUAAAAGGUUCCAUUUCAGGAAGAAAGUGUUAUUUCCUCUACAGGUUUUAAAACUUAUCGUGAAAAAAAGUAUGCAAUAGCUGGCUGUGGGCAAUUGCGACUCAUAAUACCGCACUUCCCAUCCUUUUACGUCAAACACCCGCAGCGACCAGCACCUAGCAUGUUGGAAGACACAGAAAUCAUCCCUCUGGAUGUUCGCAUAGUUCAGCGUUGGACUGUACACUGUAACAAUGCCAACAUCAUCUGCGUAUCGGUAGUUCGAUCGUUGCGCUGCCGCGUGGUCGUCUGCAGGAUAGUAUCCGAAGCCUUAUCGUGGAAAUAACAAGGCGGUGGUCCAUGCAGCAGUUGGCACCACAAAUAGCACAUCGUUCUGGUCAGGCCUCCGAACGAGGACGUAGUCCAACAGCUGUUAGUGACGCAAAUGGAGGCACAUCCACGUGGUCUUCCUGAAUCUGGAGACGGUAGAAGGUGUUGAUCAGAACACAAUGGUGUUCCAGGCAAGCAUGCAGGAGGCAAAGGCCAUUGUUGCUUGGAUUUCCAGUUCUGUGGCGACCUAGCACCACCUUCUGCUCCGCGCGGGCAAUGAAUUCACGUAAUAGAACCAGUUUGUCCAUUUUCAGAACAACCUGGAGAAGGGCAUACCUGUCUCCUUCGAAUUUGCUGUUCACAUUGUCGGAAGUGAUACUUACGAGGAGGGGAGGAGCCGUAGACGUUGGCUUAAGUGA